GUUGUUCUUUGUAGUUAUCUGAAUAAAAACUAUGAUUUCUUAUAAAGUUUUAAUAACAUUAACUGUGAUAUUUAUUAUAAAUUGUAGUGUUAGUCCUAGAUUAGAAGAUUAUAAUAGUAAUACAAGAAAUAAGUAUUAUUAUUUUUUUUUUUUUGUUUAUUGGUUGUCAUUGGUGUCGGAUAGUGCAUUGUAAUGCAGGCCACAGGGAAUACUAUCUAAUAUUAUAGUGUUGAAAAUACACUACAAUAAUAAUUAAAUUAUUGUAUUUUCAAACUUCAUUAUUUAACUACGAAAUUUGCUAUGCUUUCUCAAGAAAUUUUUUUUCUGAAUUGUGUUGCCUUUUGUAACUAUGGUCCGGCAGUUUUCGCGUGUAUUUUGCCUAUAUCUAUAUGUGUAAUUUGAGGUGCACUUUUAUACUUAGGGCACCCCUGCCGGGUCGUUGGAUAACUACGUGUAUUAUUACGCAUAUUAAUUCAACGAACACACAUUACAUUUCUAUAUCAUUAUAUUUAUUUUUUUUGUGUCUAGAUUGCGAAACUAAUUUAAUGGAAGUUGGAUUUUCAAAUGAAUUUGGAUAUUUAAACUACUGUUUUGCAAAGCAAUUUGUGAAUAUUGAACAAUUUGAAAAUCAUUCAAAGAAUGUAAACUACACUUCUGCCAUCAAUAAUAAUAUGCUGAAGGCAUUUUUCAAGGACAGUAUGAGUUAUUUAAAUGCUGGCGAUGAUUUAAAUAACCCGGAAAUGUAUUGUUUUAAGAACAUGAAUACAAUGCACGUUUGUGAUUAUGUGAAUUGCUUUAAACAGAAGAAUGUACAAUUCGACGAUCCAGGUAAGUCCACUAAUUCUAUACAAUAUUUUUAAUUUUAUAGAGGAAUAUAAAAAAAAAAAUAAUGUUAAUAAACGUUUUAAAUUUAUAAUAUGAUUGUUGAAUGAUACAUUGUGUACUUACGUUCUCGUGAUAAAUUUACAGAUUGUUAGAUUGUUAUACCAUAGAAAAUAAUAUAUCCUUUACUAUAUCACUAUACUAGCUGAUCCCGUGACCUUCGUUUCCCGGCAACCAAUAAUUAUUAUUAUAAUAGCUUCAA